CUCAUUGACUAUUUACAGCGGUCGGCCAAACAGAAGACUUGGCAACCUUGAAUAUCUGGCAACCCCACACUGCUCUAGGCGCGGCCACGCGGUUUUAGAGGGAAAGCAUCAUCUGAAAAGAAGUUCUUCAGGGCUGAUUUUAAACUAUGGGGGAAAAAGAAUCAUUUAACAGAAUUCGCCAAAAUAAAAUUUUCCUCUUGGAGACUUUAUCUGAAGAUCCCAAUAUCAUCGUGCAGCAUGUGCAGGAGGCUAAUCUUAUUUCUCAACGUGAAUACAAGAACCUCUCAGAUAUUACUAAAAGAGAGGAGAAAGUCAUCAGUCUACUUGACAUACUCAUGGGAAAGGGGGAGAAAACUUGUUGCCAGUUCAUUGACCUUUUAAGACAGGAGAAAAUACUGGAAGAUUUUCCAAAAUUAAAGAAUCAUGUCGUUAUUGCUUUUCCAGCCAUGCCACACACCUCUCCAGUGCAGGAGGUCUCUCAAUACAAAAUAGAACAAAUUCCACGUGGUGUUUGCGUAAUCAUCAAUAAUGUAGAUUUUGCGACCAUGAAGGAAAGAAGAGGAUCAGAUGAGGACCAAAAGUGUCUUGCCAAAGUGUUCCACUGGCUGGGGUUUAAGGUGGUGGAGCACAGAAAUAAAACUGCAGCUGAGAUGAAGAAUCUCCUCAAGGAAGUGGGGAAGACAGUAGAUGGAGACUGCUUUGUCUGCUGCACCCUCUCCCAUGGCAUGAAGGAAGGAGUCUGUGGAACUGAUGGUGCUGUUAUUUCUGUUGAUGAAAUACGAGAGCCUUUCAAUGGCAACAACUGCCAGAAGCUAGCCGGCAAGCCCAAGCUGUUUUUCAUACAGGCAUGUCGUGGGAAUAGAAAUCAACAACGUGUGCAUGUCCAAGCAGAUGCUCCAGAUGAUGAAGAGUCAGACAUGGAGGUGGAUGGUGAUGAUUUUGAUAUCACAAUUCCGGCUGACACGGAUUUCCUUAUUGCCAGGUCAACCACUGAUGGUCACUCUUCUUAUAGAAAUCCAGAAGAGGGCUCCUGGUUUAUUCAGUCACUUUGCCGAAACCUAAAGCAGCAUUGUCCAAAAGGUACAGACAUCCAGACCAUCCUGCUUAGUGUGAAUAAUGAAGUUAGCAGGCAGGGAUUGAAGAGCAAACAGAUGCCUGUCCAUGAAGUCGCCAUGAGGAUGAAGCUGGUCCUGCUGCCAGCAAACCACUGAAAGCUCCUUCAGUGUACCGCAUGGCUUGAUAUGCAUUGUGGUUUUAUAGGGUCAUUUUUAAGGCAAUCUAUACUUUACUGUUACAUUCAUGUGUCUUUGUUGAUGUUAAGUCUGUAUUUAAAUCAGCAACGGGACUGUUUACAAGGGAAUUAUGAGCCAUUUGAGUUCAAUUUUUUAUAAGCAACUGAUAAAAAAAUUAUUACUGCAUUUUGCAGAUGUUUUACACAUUUGUACUAUUAUUUUUAUGUUCUUUCUGUAUCAAAUUCAAAUACACUGAUCCAGGUAUUUUAUAAUAAAAUAAUCUUUAAAUAUGGUAAUUUAAUGCAUUGAGAAUGAAAUGUAUCUUGAUAUUAUAUUCAUAGUCAUCUGCAAUACAACACAUAAGCAUACAUAUGUAGGGUAGGACAACAGAAAACAAUGUAUGUAUCAAAAGCAAGUUUAACAAAAGAGCUGUUAUUUCUACAAACUGCAGUUUGUGAUUAGUGCUUGAAUUAAGCAAGAUUACAUGAAAGUAAUCAGGAUCAGUAACCUCUUCUUCCUAUAACUGCAAUAAUAAUCUUUUAAAUUAUCCUAAACAGUAAUAAAAAAACAAAACAUUAAAAUUAACCAUUCAUUUUUGUCAUAGUGUGCUAUUAUGGUGCUUUAUCAGUGCAGUAAGACACGAAGCCUGCUGGUUUUAUCCCAACUUGUUUCACAGGGAACAGUUUUCUACCAUGCACUGAAAUUAUGCUGAAAUGGAUAUAUAUAUACCAAUUUUGAUGUUAUCAUAACUGAAAUGUGAAUAUUGAGACAUUUUGAAUUAGAUCUUAAAAAGGCAUGUCUAUAGUGACUACAAACGUUAGUUUUGAUUAGUUGUAAAAUACUCCAUUGGCUAGAAUUGCUCUUUUUGAGUGUAAUUGAUCGACUGGUCAAAAAGUGUAUGAACCAAAAUAAAUCUGAACCUGAAAACUGUUACAUAUCUCC